AGAAAAGACCCUGGUAUUGUUUGGUCACGUGUCUCCAAUUAUAAUUUCAUCCUUGGGGGGGGUUAGUUAAUGUAUAUGUAUUGUCGCCAUGUUUUCAAACUCUAAAUGCGGGCUUUUCCUUUCGUGUUUGCAAUUUGCAAUACAAAAUAGUUUGUAUAGCGAAUUCAUGUUAAAGCCAAAACAGGUGAUUUGCUUAGAAAAGGUAUUUUUUAAUUCGGAUGUUCUUGCGGUUUUACCAACUGGAUACGGUAAAUCAUUGAUUUUUUACUUGCUUCCUGCUCUGUUAUUUGCGGCUAAGAACGGUGUUGCCAAAUACACCGAACACAUUGAUUCUAUAAUCGUCGUCGUGUCGCCUUUAAAUGCUCUGAUGAAAGACCAGAUUUCACGAUUAAAUGCGGGUAUAAUUCGUGCAUCAGUCCUCGACGUUAGGAACGUAGCAGCAGAAGACUCUGAGGAUGCGGAAGACAAAGAUGAUGGCAUUAGAUCUGAUGUUGUUUGUGACUUUCCUCUAAAUGACAAAAUAAAACUUGAAGAAGGAUAUUAUAAUAUUGUAUUUGCACACCCUGAGUCGCUUGUUUCCUGUUUAUAUGGACGAAGAUUGAUGCGAAGCAUUGUGUAUCAAAAGAACGUUUGUGCUAUUGUUGUUGAUGAGUCCCAUUGCAUUUUAGAAUGGGGUAAAGAUUUCAGAGUGGAUUAUGGAAAUCUGGGUGCCUUGUGUGCCACAUUUUCAAAUGUACCUGUCAUAGCCAUGACUGCAACAGCAAACCGAUAUGAUAGGGAUUGUAUCAAAAAAUCCCUGGGCUUAAAACAUGUGUGGAAAUCAUUGGCAAUCCUGAUCGCAUGA